ACCAAGUUUUAAAUGCAACAAAGCACGUUUUGUUAGUUCAUUUCCAUUUCUCACGUUAUUUCUUUUACAUGUGGUCCUCGCCAGCAGAAAACCAGACCAGACUAGUAACGUUGCUAAGCUAACGAGCCGUUCGUAGAAAUGGAGAUCCACGUCUCGAGCCUCUUCCCUGAGAUCUUAGCGAUGAUCUUCAACUACCUGGAUAUCAAAGGCAAAGGCAGGGUCGCCCAAGUGUGCACAGCGUGGAGAAACGCCUUGUACCACAAAUCUGUCUGGAGAGGAGUAGAAGCCAAGCUCCACCUGAGAAGAUCAAAUCCGUCGCUGUUCCCCAGCCUCCAAACCAGAGGCAUCAAGAAAGUCCAGAUCCUUAGCCUGAGGCGCAGCCUUAGCUACAUUAUCCAGGGCAUGCCCAAUAUCGAGAGCCUUAACUUGAGUGGAUGCUACAACCUAAUGGAUAAUGGCCUGGGACACGCGUUCGUGCAGGACAUCCCCUCACUGAGGAUACUGAACCUGAGCCUGUGCAAACAGAUCACUGAUUCCAGUUUGGGCCGGAUUGCACAGUAUCUCAAGAAUCUAGAGCUGCUGGAUCUUGGCGGGUGUAGCAAUAUCACCAACACGGGCUUGUUGCUUAUCGCCUGGGGCCUUCAUAAUCUCAAAAGCCUGAAUUUGAGAAGCUGCAGACAUGUCUCAGACGUGGGCAUCGGGCACCUGGCCGGCAUGACGCGCAGCGCUGCGGAGGGCUGCUUGAGUUUGGAGCACCUCACUUUGCAGGACUGUCAGAAACUGACCGAUUUGUCACUCAAGCACAUUUCCAAGGGCCUAAACAAGCUGAAAACGCUAAACCUGAGCUUUUGCGGUGGCAUAUCAGACGCUGGAAUGAUCCACCUUUCACACAUGACCCACCUCUGGACUCUGAACUUGCGCUCGUGCGACAACAUUAGUGAUAAGGGGAUCUUGCAUCUCUCCAUGAGCGCUUUGAGGCUAUAUGGGCUGGAUGUGUCGUUUUGCGACAAAGUGGGUGACCAGAGCCUGGCUUACAUCGCGCAGGGCUUGUACCAGCUCAAAUCCCUGUCGCUUUGUUCGUGCCACAUCAGCGAUGACGGGAUCAACCGGAUGGUCCGGCAGAUGCACAAGCUCAAGACGCUAAACAUCGGCCAGUGCGUGCGCAUCACGGACAAGGGCCUCGAGCUCAUAGCGGAUCACCUGACACAGUUGACCGGCAUAGACCUGUACGGCUGCACCAGAAUCACCAAAAGAGGACUGGAGAGAAUCACGCAGCUGCCCUGCCUUAAGGUGUUGAACUUGGGACUUUGGCAAAUGACAGAGGUCAAAGGUUUAAGAGAUGCAUCUGAGAUCCUGCCGUGCUAUACCUCGUAACAACCUCAGUGUCGCCAGCAAUGUCUUGGUUUUUCUGGAGACGUGUAUUAUUUGAUGAAGACGUCGUGUACUUUGUUACUAAGCCUGUUUGAAAAAGAGGCUCGUAGUAGUUCAAAUUGAAUCAGCAAUAAAACACUGCUAAUGCUAUAGUGCCUAUAGUUCCCUUAAAGUUUUCCGGAUAUCUGGCGAGCAGCGGAUAUCCGGAUAUCUGGGGUGCUUGUGGAAAAAUUGAUGAGUUCGCCCUACUAAUACUCACAACCACACUAACAGUACUAGCCAAUCAGGGUAGUUUGCUCUUAUAAACAACCCUAAUGAAUGAAAAACUGUCUCCUUAUAGCGCAUGUAUGGAUGAAUUAAUUAUAAAGCAGCGGAGCUUUGUAAACGAUAUGAUU